AUGUCCUCCCCUCCCAACGGCAAUCCUAUUCUCAAUGACUCUGAGCAAUCUGAGUCCGAAACCGAGCAAUUCGUCGCACCCGACGAGACGGUUCAGAUGCGGAGAACUCAGAACAUGCAAUUUCAGGACUUACUAACCCGAAGAGUCAGAGAAGACGUUACUAGCCAUACACAACGGGCCAAAGCGGUAGCUGAUGCUCCGGACGAGCAACUCAGCCUAGCUAGUCUCGUAGCAAAGAAAGAUUUGGGACUUGAGAACCUGGAUCCCCGCGCAUAUCAAAUUGAGCUCUUCGAGCGAGCAAAGAAUCGGAACAUUAUUGCAGUUCUUGACACAGGCUCUGGAAAGACGCUUAUCGCAGUGCUCCUGCUCAGGAAUAUAUUGAAGCAAGAGCUGGAGGACCGCGCAAAUGGGAAAAGGCAUCGUGUUUCCGUUUUUCUGGUCGACAGUGUGACUCUAGUCUUCCAACAAGCGGCUGUCCUACGAAACAAUCUGGAUCAGAAUGUGGGCCAAAUCUAUGGUGCCAUAGGAUCAGACCUUUGGGAUGAGGAAAUUUGGCAAGCCCAGCUUACCAAGAAUAUGGCGAUUGUGUGCACGGCAGACAUAAUUCAACAAGCCCUACUCAAUGCCUUCAUCAAGAUGAGCGGGAUAAACCUUCUGAUAUUCGAUGAGGCUCACCAUACCAAAAAGGAACACCCAUAUGCCCGCAUCAUUCGCGAUUCCUAUCUCAAGGAAGACAUUUCAACUCGCCCGAAGGUUUUUGGAAUGACAGCAUCCCCGAUCGAUGCUAAGGUUAAUAUUUCAGAGGCUGCAAGAGAGCUUGAGCUUCUUCUAGAUAGCCAAAUUGCAACCACCUCGAACCUUUCGGCUUUAAGACAAAUCGUGAGGAAGCCCACAGAAGAGAUACGCAGCUUCAAGAAACUAGUUGAGCCGUAUGAAACGGAGCUUUUUAGGAGAAUGAAAGAAAAGUUUGGCGAUAUUAAAGCCCUGGCUCCCAUUUUCGAAUUCUCACGGGCUGCUAGCUCAGAACUAGGAAGCUGGUGUGCUGAUCGAGUAUGGGCCAAAACACUCGUGGAAGAUGUGAUUCCAAAGCUCGAUGCUUGUUUAGCAAAGGAAGGUCUGGAGGGAUCUGCAGACACUUACCAAGUUGAAAGAGAUAUUGAUAAGGCGAAGGAAGCCUGCGAAAUUGUGAAGGCGCACCCCUUCAAAAGUCCUCUAGAGCCCGGGCAGCUCAGCUCAAAAGUGGAGCUUCUGUUGGCCAUUUUAUCUCGUCAUUUUGGCCAUGAAAAAGAAAAAAAGUGUAUUGUCUUCACUAAAAAGAGAAACACUGCUAGGGUACUGCUGGAGUUUUGCGAACAGCUGAAUAUUCCCAAUUUCCGUCCUGGUGUGCUGGUUGGAAUCCGAAAGUCAGACCUCACCGGAGCGACAACCUUUCGGAAACAAUUUCUUGUACUUCUCAGGUUUCGCCGGGGAGAAAUAAAUUGUUUGUUCGCAACAUCCGUCGCCGAGGAAGGCCUUGAUGUUCCAGACUGCAACCUCGUCAUAAGAUUCGAUCUAUAUGACACCAUGAUCCAAUAUAUCCAGAGUAGAGGGCGCGCAAGGCACGUACACUCAAUGUAUAUUCAUAUGGUUGAAAUGGAUAACGAUGAGCACCACAAGCGAAUUCAGGAAGGUCAGCAAGCUGAGAAUGCAAUGAACUCGUUUUGCAGGGCGCUCCCCCAGGAUCGACUGCUCUACGGUGAUGAGAUAAAUGUGGAUAAGUUAUUUGAGAACAAGGGAGAGAAACGGACGUAUACCAUCCAGUCAACAGGAGCCAGACUGACAUAUAGGCACGCUAUGUACGUGCUAUCACGUUAUGCUGAAUCUCUGCAAUACGAAAAGGACAUCUCUACACAAGUCACGUACUUUGUUACUUCAGCGGGAAGCUCUUUCUUUUGCGAGGUGAUUCUUCCUGAGAAGUCCCCCAUCCGAGGAUUAACAGGAGGGACGGUAUCAACGAAAGUGCUAGCUAAACAGUCAGCUGCGUUUGAUAUGUGUUUGUUGUUGCGAAAGAAACAUCUUUUGGAUGAUAACUUUAGGUCUAUUUAUCACAAGCGCCUUCCAGCAAUGCGCAACGCAAAAUUGGCGAUUGUAUCGAAAAAGACGAACAAGUACGAUAUGCUUUGGAAGCCCUCUAUAUGGAGAGAAAAUCAAGGAUACACGCCAGACAAGCUUUACAUAAUGGUGUUUAGCUUUCUUCCUUUACAACCGCUUUCUCGUGAACAUCGCAAUAUUGCGCUUUUGACCCGAGUGCGACUUCCAGUGAUUCCAAACUUCCCUAUUUUCUUGGAAUAUGACAAAGAAACUACCAUCCAAACCACAGUCGUUAACAGUACAAUUUCGGUACUUGACCACGACUUGACUUGCUUGUCUCAGUUUACUCUCGCAGUUUUCAGAGAUGCCUUCCACAAAACAUUUGAGCCCAUAACGGAGACUUUCCCCUACUGGCUUGCUCCAGUCAAUACAGAGAUAUCGAUUGAUAGCCCCAACAUCUUGCCCAAAGAUGUCAUCGACUGGAAGCUCUUGAAUUUCGUGAAUGAGAGACCCGAGAUAAAAUGGUCGAAGGAAAUGGAUCCUGCCGCGCUUUUGAGUUGCUUCAUAUAUGAUUGCUGGGACGGAAGGAGACGCUUCUUUCCACUUAGUAUCGAUCCCUCCCUUCGAGCUUCAGACACACCACCGUCAUAUGUGCCUCCGCGAAAGUGGAUGACGGACAUUUUCAAUUAUUCUUUGAGUCUUUCUAAGAACUCUCGGCAGAAGGUUGUGGACAAGGCCGACUGGGAGCAGCCGGUCUUAAUAGCCGAGUGUGUAUGCCUGCGAAGAAACUUCCUGGACAAGGCAACAGAUGCGGAAAGAGGAGAGCCGACCAGAUCUGUGUUGUGCCCGCAGCCAUUAAUGAUCUCUGCUAUCCCUAUACCCAACGUUACCUCGGCAUUAGCCUUUCCUGCCAUCAUGCACAGGCUUGAGUCAUAUUUGAUUGUGAUGGAGGGCUGUCAGUUAUUAGGGCUAGAGAUAGACCCAAUAUAUGCUUUGGAGGCAUUCACGAAAGAUUCGGAUAAUACUGAGGAUCAUCGCACUCUUCAACUCCAUGUCCAACGCGGGAUGGGGAAAAACUAUGAGCGACUCGAAUUUCUGGGGGACAGCUUCCUUAAGAUGGCUACCUCCAUAGCACUUUUUUGUCAGAACCCAGAUGAUGAUGAAUAUGAGUAUCAUGUCAAUCGGAUGGUUCUCAUAUGCAACAGAAAUCUUUUCAACGCCGCUACAAAGAUUGGUCUCUACAAAUACAUCCGCAGCCGUGGAUUCUCUCGACACGCAUGGUACCCGCCAGGACUACAGCUUCUUCACGGUCGAAAUUUCGUCCGGCACCUUGAGUCUGAAAGUAACCAUAGUUUGGGUGAAAAAACUAUAGCCGAUGUUUGUGAGGCUCUCAUCGCAGCAUCGUUCCUUACAGAAGGAAAGGAACAUCCAUUCGAUACGGCAGUCCAAGCAGUUACCGUUUUCGUUGACAGUGAGAACCACAAAGCAACGUGCUGGAAAGACUACGAAUCCUCAUACACAAAACCGAAAUACCAGUUAAAGGCAGCUGACGCAAAUGAGAAAGAUUUGGCCAAUAAGAUCUUUGAUCUCAUAGGCUAUCGCUUUUCAUAUCCUCCCAUUCUUCGAUCUGCAUUCACCCAUCCUUCAUACCCCUCCGCCUGGGCAAAGGUACCUUGCUAUCAGCGGCUCGAGUUUCUCGGCGAUGCCCUUUUAGACAUGGUCUGCGUGGAUAGUCUUUUCAAGCGUUUCCCGGAUAAAGAUCCUCAGUGGUUAACUGAGCACAAGAUGGCGAUGGUCUCGAACAAGUUCCUUGGCGCACUCGCUGUGAAGCUGGGGUUUCAUCGACACCUUCAGCACUUUAGCAACCCUAUCCAGUCAAGCGUACCACAAUAUGCUGAGGAACUACAACUUGCCGAGGAAGAAAGCAAAGGAGCAAUGGACUAUUGGCUUGGAACGAAGGAAUCACCAAAGUGCUUACCUGACAUGGUCGAAGCAUUCGUCGCUGCCAUAUUUGUUGAUUCUGGCUUCAACUACAAAGUUGUGCAAGACUUUUUUGACACGCAUUUCAAACCAUUUUUUGUCGACAUGACAUUAUAUGACAGCUUCGCCAGUAGGCACCCAACGACUUAUCUCCACAUGCAGCUGACAAACAUUUACGGAUGCACAAACUAUUGCUUGAAAUCAGGGGAGAUUCCUUCCUCAGAUGGUGACCCGCCGCUUAUCUUGGCCGCCGUUAUGAUACAUGGUAUUCCAGUCGGUGAAGACACUGGAACCUCUAGUCGAUAUGCAAAAGUUAGAGCAAGUCACAAAGCUCUAGAUGAAAUCAGUGGCAUGCUACAGCAAGACUUCCGCCGCAAAUUUGGCUGUAACUGUCGCGAAGUGAACGCCAAGGAAGAAAAUGCUGGCGACCUUGGGACUGCGAUAUGA